CUGCAAACGUAUCGUUAUCCUUAAAAUGUCUUUUGGACAACUGCCUUGUGUAAGCAUUCUGGUUACUGUUCCGUCACCGUUCUUCGUAACCAGCAUCUUCUGUCGCUAGGAAUUAAUCUAGGGGUUAAUCUAGAACGUUAAUAUUUAUCACCUUCUUUGUGUAAUCAUCGGGUCUGCGAUUUAGCUAGCAAACGGAUAGCUUCACCGUAUCAGUGUCCAGGAGCGUCUGGAGUGCCCUUCAACAUGGACACUAUGGCGAAUCGGCGGACAGAUGAUGAAGACGAUGAUUUGCUUGAAGACGAGCUGCCUGAGGAGGACCAGUUCGGUCGGGUGCGCUACCUGGAGCUGUGUCGCGAGCUGGGCAUCUCACCCGCCUCGCAGAUCCUCAAGUACCUGGAGCUGGAGGCCAUGCAUGUGGAACACUACGGUCUGGGUCUGAAGGGUGUGCGCGCGCUGUGUGGCGCGCUGCGGCUCAACAGCUGCGUCACCGUGCUGCGCCUCGCCGACAACGCCAUCCCCGACGAGGGCUGCGGCGAGCUGCUGCGCACGCUGCACGACAACAGCGCCGUGACGCUGCUGGACCUGUCGGGCAACCGGCUGGGGGCGGUGGGGUGCAAGGCGCUGGCGGACCUGCUCAUGAGCAGGAACACCGUCCUGCGCGGCCUGACACUGAGCAAGAUGCGGCUGGGUGACCGCGAGGGGGUUGUGCUGGGCAACUGCCUGGAGAACAACACGGCGCUGCGGCAGCUGGACCUGUCCAGCAACGACCUGGGCGAGAAGACGGCGCAUGCGCUGGGGCAGGUGCUCAUGGUGAAUCUGGGCCUCACGGAGUUGAACCUCUCCUGGAACAAGCUGCGGCCCCGGGGGGUGGCGCACCUGGCGGAGGGACUCAAACCCAACCUCACGCUGCAGGUGUUGGGUCUGGGCUGGUGCGGGUUGCAGGACCCCGGGGCCGCCUCCUUCGGCGCCGCGCUCAAGACCAACCAGGGGCUGGUGGAUGUGGACCUGUCGGGCAACCAGAUCACGCUGUCGGGGCUGCGGGCGCUGUCGGAGGGCAUUGCGGCGAGUGCCACGCUGGCAGCGGUGGCGCUGGAUAACAACGACCUGCGGGCGGAGGGGGGCAGGGAGCUGCUCCACGCGGUGGACCGCAACAAGGGGCUGGUGGUGUGCAGCAUCGAGAACACCAACACCUCGGAACAGAUCCGUCUAGCCAUGGAGGCGCUUCUUGAGCCCCGCCGCAAGCUGCGGGACAAGCUGCACGCGGCGCAGCAGCAGCAGCACCAACAGGGGGGCGGCACGUGAGGCAGGGGGGGCGGGGGGGAGGCGAGGUGGAGCCAUGAGGUGGAGGCAUUUGUACGAGCGCGGAGGAAGCGACCGGGCAUGUACGGCAAUGCCAUGGUGGAGAGGCGCACACAUGGUGUGAUCGAGGAUGUGACGCAGUGUCUCCUGCUCCUCCUCGGCCGCGUGCUCCUACCUACCCACCUGCUGCCCCUGCUGCCCCUUCCGUUGGGGUGUGGCGGGGUGCUGUUGGUCGCAUGCGCAUGCGCCACUGCUGCUGCUGAAGGCUUCUGCGGGUGCAUCCGAACGCACAAAGGAGGGGGCGAAAACACCGGGAGGGGCAACGAGGUUAGGGGGGUGUUGGGACUUGGGCGGCAAGGAAAGGGGGGUUUACAAGGCAACGCGGUGGGAUACCGGUACAUUCCAACUGCGCUGAAGUGCCCGGCGGUACACUCGAUGCACACUCUUGCGUCGACUCGCGGCCUGGGUGCAGCUGGGCGCAUGUUGCAUGGACGCUGUUGCCGUACAUGGACGUCGGCGCGGUGUGGGGGUUGCUGCCAUGACGGCUGCCAGGCGGACACGAGGCCUGCAACCAUGCAUGCGGCGAGGAGCGCGACAGGCGCUUGUUGGGGCUGGUCGCUGGGGUCAUGUCUUUCGGCAGCAUGUUUCAGGAGGUAGGGCGUGGGCGUUAUUUCUUGCCCAAGCGGGCUACACGUGGGGAUGUGGGUGGGGGUGGGGGUGGAAGGAACGAAGACGGUGUAGGGGCGCUUGCGCGUGUUGAUGUGGGUGAACACAAUGUGAACCUCAAUACAACGAGACAGGUGUUACCUUGUCGGUUUUCCAACAAGCAGCAUGCUAUUACGGAUAUAUAGCGGUAUUAGCCGUACUGCACGGCCGCGUGUGCGUUAACUGUGUGUGCCUGCCACGUUAUCGCAUACAGACGUGCGCAGACACGGGCUCCGGGUGUAUACUGUAGGCGGGCGUGCCAUUGCAAAUGUGGCUGCAGCCGAGGGUGCCGCGGUUUAGUGCCUUUUUUGAAAUGAGAGGCGAGACGAAUGAGGUAUACGUUUGUCGCGUGCUUAGGUGUUAGGCGGGGGCUUAAGGGCUGGAGAUUCUAGGGUUUUGGCCGCGCGUCUUAUCCGCGAUCUUUCUAGUGGGUAGAGUAGGAUUUGCAGAGCGUGUGUUAAGAACCACUGUGUUUGUACAUGUUUAUAGCUUGCAGGUGCUGCCAUGUCGUAGGGCACCCAAGCCACAGAACUGCUGACAUGCCUGCGUUGGUUGGGUUCAGCCAAGGGAAGCGCCCGACGUGGUUGCGCCGCUUGGCGGUGGUACGGCAGGUGUGGGGGACUCAGCUUGAGGCGUGUGCGUCAUUCCGCAGCACUCUUGCUGCCCAAACCGCAACUGCAUCUCUGAUACAUUCCAAAUCGCGCGCGCUUGUUGCUAUCGUCGCAACUGACGCCGCCGCUCUCAGUCCCUCUUCCUCCUGCUGCUGCUGCUUUUUUCUGUGUGUGGGCGAAGGAAGUCCUCCCCGAUACCGGGACACCGUAUAUGUCUACCUCGAAGACUCGUACUGCUACACUACUGUAACACACACAUGGAGCGAA